AGCCGUCUGCAUCAUUUUGUAAACAUUGAAUGACAUCAAGCACACGUGUCAAAUUGCGAGAGUCUGUAUAGAAUGAAUUCGGACAUGGAAAUUCGAAAAAUGCCUAUUACGGUGCGAUUACGACUUUCUUCAAUGUUGGACAUAAACAACAGUUGGAAAAUCGUGAUGGGUGCUAUUCCUAAACUGAAUGGAGACGUGGAAACCAAAAAGUUUUCUUCUGAACAUGUUGAUUGAAGAGGAAGCCAAAAGACAAAAAAAGUCUGCUUUUGAUAUCCUAAUUGAUGAAUGGGGAACAAGUGGUAAACAGAGACCAACUGUUCGGGAACUUGUUAAACUUCUUGCAAAAUUAGAACUCUAUCAAGCUGCAGAUUAUCUGUCGACAGAUCUUCUUGGUGAAGAUCCGGUGGAAAGGCCUGCAAAUGGACCUUCAGCAAAUGUACCGUCAAGCACUGAAGACAUCAAUUUCCUGCAGACUACGUCUCAUUCAAUUCAAGCAGGAAUAUUAGAGGCAACAAAUGAACACAUCAAUCAAAGAUUUUUUGAGAAAAAAAUGCCUUUUUCUCCACCAGAAGUGGACAAAUUUGAUACAACCCUACCUCAUUUAUCCUAUGCUGAUUUAGAAUACUUAACAAAUGAUUUUGAUUUAAAUCCAGUUUCUCAAGGUCGAAAACUAGGUGCUGGUGCAUUUGGUACAGUAUUUCUUGGCAUGCUUAAAGAAAAUUCACACCUUGAUGACAGAGGAAUUGAAAUCUAUAAGAAAAUUAAGCUUUCCCUUCAUCAUAAAGUAGCUGUCAAAAGACUACACAAUCAAAAGGUGGAUGUGGAUAUUGACACCAACCGACUCUUCCGAACUGAAGUUGAAACAAUGUCGCAGUACGUGCAUGAAAACUUACUAGCUCUUCUCGCUUUUUCUGCAGAUGGACCUGACUGUUGCUUGGUUUACUCAUUUAUCCCUAAUGGUUCAUUAGAAGCACGGUUAGCUUGCGAGGGAGGAAGUCCACCGUUACAGUGGAAUCAAAGACUAGACGUCGCUCAUGGUGUAUCUAAAGCGCUUAUUCAUUUACACACUGGAGGAGCUCAACCGCUAGUUCAUCGUGAUGUUAAAAGUGCAAAUGUUCUCCUUGAUCACAACAUGAAGGCAAAGUUAGGAGAUUUCGGACUCAUUCGCAUUGGUGCAAGUGGACGGGGCUCGAAGAGUGUUGCAUUCACGUCGAACGUCUUAGGAACUUCAGCAUAUAUGGCCCCUGAAGCUUUCCGAGGAGAUAUAUCAGUGAAACUUGAUACCUUCAGUUUUGGAGUGAUAAUUCUGGAGCUAUUAACCGGACUUCCACCUUACGAUGAAGAACGAGAUGGAAAUGAUUUAAUUUCACACGUUGAUUCGGCUUUGGACGAAAUCGAAUUUAUCCAGCUUUUGGAUCCCAAGAUAUCUCCGUUACCCGAGGAUAUGGCUUCUGCAUUGCAUUCUGUAGCGUUAUCGUGCAUCCAGGAGAAAAAGCGAAGGCCCCUAAUGACACAAGUAUAUGCAGAACUACUGCAAAUUGAUCAGUCAGGUUUAAUAUCUAUGUAAAUAAAACAAAGAAGAAAUAAAUUUGCCAUUGAAACUUUGUAUUUCCAUGAUCAAGCACAACUGCCUGGCAAUACACUUAUUUCAGCUUC